AUGUGGCAGUCUGGCUGGGAAGCUGAUGUCUUCAAGGAGCUGCACAAAGCAACAAACAUCACUCUACUCGCUACCAAGGCAACUGUGCAGGGGAUCGGCAAGACGUUGGCCAACUUGGUGGUGUUGGAAUGCAACCUUUGGCUGAGUUUAACGGAGAUCAGCUGUAUAUGGGCAAAGAACAAGCACUGUGGAACAUCAGAAGACAGUUCAGAUCAACACCUACAUCAGGAACUGUUGAAUAAAACAGAGACUCUAUUUCACAGACUUCUUCUGAAAGACAGACAUCACAAACUGAGAGCUGCAGAUUUUCUUCAGUUAACUGCACAUUCAUUACACUCCCAUGAGUCUUGUGCUGAAGAAGAGCUGAUUCAGACGUUCAUACAAAAACUACUGAUAACGGACUACAGAGCAAGAUAUAUUAAAACUAAAGGCAACAACGAGGAAGUUCACAAUGCUCAAACCAGUUAUGAUUCAUUUAAAGAAGUGGCUGAUUCUGAUGAUUUGUUUCACAAUUUAUGGUCAGUGUCUAAUGGAGAAACAGGUCAGUAUGAGAGAAUUCACCCGAUGGAUGUUCAGAUGGCAGUGUUUCAUUGUGCUGAUGGUUUCCUGAAGCAGCUGAUGGUCACUAAACUGUCCCAGUGUCAGUACGCUCUGCCUCUGCUUGUUCCUGAUCCAGUCACUCAACAGAUUGAGUUUCCUCUCUGGACGUUCAGACAAAUCAACAAGAGCUGGAAGAUGAGAAACACCAACAAUGAAAUCAACAGUCAAACCCAGCCCAUCUACAAGGCAGAAACUCCAAUGGUGUUUUUCUUCAGGUUUGGCUCUGUGUCUUCAUCCAAGUCUCAGCUGAUGAACAGUCUGAUCAAUGAGAAACACAACACGUUCUUCCACAGGAACUGUCCCGGGAGCAGCAAAAACAGAGUCCUGUUGGAUGGGAUGGUGGAGAUCACCUGGUUCUGCCCUUCUGGGAAAAACACAGAUAAAUUCACUGAGUGUGUUGCAUUCUGUAAUCUACACGGUGACGCAGGAGACCAUGAGAAACAGCUCCAGAUCCUCACUGAAAUGAGCUCAGUUAAUGUUGUCCUUCUACCACAACUGGACAGGAAUGACAAAAAUGCAGCAAAGAUACUAACUGUACGGGAACAAAAGCCACUCAUUUGUCUAUUUACUGAGGAUGAUUCAAUUCUCAAGUUGAUGCAAAAAGGAAAAUAUAAAAUUGGUCUGAAGGACAGAAAUCAGUCAGAAGUAUCUGAAGAACUCAGAAGAGCAAUAAAGGAUUGUCUCUCAGAAUCAUCUUCUACUUUCAGACUUGAAGAUGUGUCCAAACACUCAGACAUCAGAGUAGAUGAGGAAGAUGAUGAUGACUGCAGGAGAGGAAGAGAAGCAGCACAGAAGAUGAUGAGUUUACUGGAGAAGAAAGAACUGAGAGAAAUUAAAGAAUCAUUUCUGCCUCAUCAGGGGAAACUGUGGCAUCAGUGGAGUCAGAAGAACAAAGAACUACAUCAAGCUCAAGGAAAUGAGCUAGAAAUGGACAUCUGCAGAAAACAAAAGGAGAUGAAGAAUAUCCGUGAGAUGCAGCACAAAACCGAUAUCAGCGAGUUUAUAAAGUUCUUCAUUAAAGAAAUUAACUCAGAUACUGGACAUAAGAUGUUUUUCAUUAAAUGGUUCGGAAUACUCAUGUAUGACUAUACAUCAGCUGACUUGUUUGUUCUUCAUCACAAAUAUUAUGAAACGUGGUCAACGGUUUUAAAACUAAAAGAGAAGAAUAAACUAGAAGAAUUGACACUUAAACAAACUGAACUUGAGAGAAUAUCUGAGGAUCUUCAAGCUGCAUGCUUUGGUUUGGAGCACAUCAUGAGGGAGAUCGGUCAGAUCUAUGAAUCAUGUUCAUCUGUGAAGAAGAACAAGAAAGACCUGCAGGUUCACUUCUCUUCUCUCCCGAGUCUUGCAGCUGAGAUGAUGAUCUCUGGAUUUCCACUGGAGCUGAUGGAUGGAGAUGCUGCUCAUGUUCCUGUGAUCUGGAUCUCUGCUGUUCUAGAUCAACUCGUCCAGAAACUGGGAGACCAGAGAGUCUUUGUGCUGUCAGUUUUAGGGCUUCAGAGCUCUGGGAAAUCCACCAUGCUGAACGCCAUGUUUGGACUCCAGUUUGCCGUCAGUGCUGGGAGGUGCACCAGAGGAGCUUUCAUGCAGCUGAUCAGAGUCUCAGACGAGAUGAAAACACAGAUGAACUUUGACUAUAUUCUGGUUGUUGAUACAGAGGGUCUUCAUGCUCUAGAACUGUCUGGAAGAUCAGCAAGUCAUCAUGACAAUGAACUGGCAACAUUUGUUGUUGGUCUCGCAAAUCUGACCUUGAUCAACAUCUUUGGAGAGAACCCAUCUGAGAUUCAGGAGAUUCUUCAGAUUGUUGUUCAGGCCUUAAUGAGGAUGAAGAAGGUCAGACUGAAUCCCAGCUGUGUGUUUGUGCAUCAGAACGUCUCAGACGUCACAGCUGGAGAGAAAAACACAGAGGGAAGGAGACGACUGCAGAAGAAACUGGAUGAGAUGACAAAAAUAGUUGCUAAAGAUGAAGUCUUUGAUGCAGAAUGUUUCAGUGAUGUCAUUAGAUUUGAUGUUCAGAAUGAUGUAAAGUAUUUCGCUCAUCUCUGGGAGGGCAGCCCACCAAUGGCACCACCAAACCCAAACUACUGUGAGAACAUUCAAGAACUAAAGAAAAUUAUUCUCUCUCAUGCCUCAAGAUCACAUGGAAUGAUGGUGCAACACCUAAAGCUUUGCAUUAAAGAUCUCUGGGAGGCUAUCAAAAAUGAACGAUUCGUCUUCAGCUUCAGAAAUUCUCUGGAGAUUUCAGCUUACAGGAAACUGGAGACAAAAUACAGCAAGUGGUCCUGGAGUCUGCGCAGUGCCAUGAUGGAAACAGAGACCAAACUACACAACAAAAUAAAAAAUGAAGCAGUUAAUGAAGUUGAGGAAACUGAUCUUCAAAUAGAACUGAGGAAGACAAGUGAAGAAGUAGAAAAGUCAAUGUCUGAAUUCUUUGAGAAAGACAAAGAUAAAGAUAUACUGAUUCAGUGGAAAACAUCAUUUGAAAUCAAGAUCAAAGAGCUUCAGGAAAAUAUUGUGAGAGAAACAAAAAUGAAAUUAGACAAAGCAAAUAAUGCAGAAACACUGAAGAAACCGACUGAAGCUAAGAGAACGGAUCAUGAAAACACUCUUUACGAAAAGAGCAAAGAACUCGCCUUAAAACUCAAAGCAAAUGAUGAAGAAACACUGAAGAAAGAGUUUGAUUUGUUUUGGGCGCAGACUGUUGAUGAGAUUAUCUCAGACACACCUCCAAUCAAUGAUAUUGACAUAAUGAGAGAUGUGACAAAAAUCCUCAGUGACAUCUAUGAGGGACAUCUCCCUGCUGACCAAUUUAAAGAGGACAUCGACAUUUUCACUGUGCCAGGUUUUUCUAAAUAUGUUUUCAAAAAGUCCACAAAAAGGGGGUUUAAAGGGUGGGUGAUGGGUGCUUGGAGAAGAUUCAUAAAAAUAUUUGGAUUUUCAAAAACUUUGUCUCCAGAGAAAGAAGCUCAAAUUAGAUCAUUAGUCUCAGAUGUUGACCAGCAGACAGACCAAAUGAUUCAGUCAUUUAACAUUUCAGAGACGGGCUACAACAUCAGCUGCACUCAAAAUAUCAUAGAUUAUAUAAAUAAAAGAGUAACAGAACAUCAGGAAGGAGAAGUGAAAUAUGAGUUCAAGGAUGAGUUCUUUAUCGAUUUGGUUCUUUCCAUUUGUAAAAAAGCAAACAAGAAGCUCACCGACCAACACAUCAUUUUCAAGGAAACAACAUUCUCUCAGAAGAGAGAAGAGUACUAUAGUAUUUUCCAGACAUACUGUCAUGUAGCAACAUCAGUUGAAAUUUUUGGGGAGAUCAUCUGUCAGAAACUGAAAGAGCCCAUUGAGCAGAGCGUCUACAAGAAAACUGCCAGAGAUCUGACAGAUGAAAUGAGAACAAACUGUGAAUCAAUGAAUGGUAACCGAUCAAAUCUGGAGAAACACAUCCUGAAGACACUGGCAGAAGAAGAGGAUUUUGUCAAAUACAUGGAUUACCUGAAUUAUCCCAGGCUUCAUUUCAAGAGUUUCAUCAGAGAUGAAGUCAAUCAUUACAUCACUGAUAAGUUCAGUCUCAGUGUUUUACCCAAGAUGAAGGAGAACAUUAAACUCCUGCAGCAGAAGAUCAUGAAAGCAGCUCAUGAAUCUACUGAACAUGUUCAAGUCAACAGUGGAGAUGUUGGUUUGUGGUUGAAGAGUUUCACACAGCAGCUCUCAGAAGAGCUGAUUUUCUCUGAGAAAGACCUCAGUGGAGUCAAACAUGAUGAUGUUGAGGAUUUCAGACUUCUAGAAGAAGUGAUAAGACAAGAACUUUCUGCUAUAAUAUCAGACAUCAGCAGUAGAUUCAACACAAAUACAUUUCCAGUAAAGUUAGAAAACACCUUCAGACCAGAUGAGCUUCUGACUGAUCACUUCUGUCAGUGCUGUUGGGUUCAGUGUCCAUUCUGUGGAGCCACCUGCACCAACACUGUAGGCAACCAUCAUGGAGAUCACAGUGCUCCUUUCCAUCGUAGUAUUGGUCUGAAUGGAAUAUAUACAUCUAACUUGUCUACUAAUAUCUGUUCAUCAGCAGUAGCAAGCAACAAUCUAUAUUUUUAUCCCAAUGACUCAGAUGAUAAAGUCCCAUGGAGAGAUUACAGAAGAGCAGGAGGAGUUUAUGCAGACUGGAGCAUCACCCCUGAUCUCUCUGAACUGCCGUACUGGAAGUGGUUUGUGUGCAGAUUCAAGAAAGAAAUGGAAAAAUACUACAAAAAAACAUUUGAAGGUUAUGCUGAGAUACCAGAUGAAUGGAGACAAUACUCAAAACAGGAAGCUAUCGAAAGUCUGAAUAAAUACCUUUAG